AUGAAAUUGCGCUACGAGAAACCUAGAGCAGGAGGACCGACGUACGACGAAUGGAUGAUGGAACCCUCAUCAUUCGUGGUGAAAAGCUUCUCUGGCGAAAUGUUGACGGUGUUGGCUCCGUCGUCCACUCAUCCACGCCUACGACUCACGCUGUUGAAGACCGUCUCCACCGUCAACUGCUACUCUACACACUCUACAGAUCUUUCAACAACGUGCAAAGAGCUCGAAGCAUGUUGUAAACGACGGAGAUAUUAG